UAGAGCUGGAGAACUUGUGUGCUUUCAUUUCUUGUGAUCUUUUAGAAGUUAUCAACAGCACAACACGUGUUAAAAAGAACUUAUCUCCUUAUGCUCUCACUCCACCAGGAUUGUGCUUUAUACCGUGCCUUUUUUUUUUUUUGCACUCAUCACCUGUUGAAGACACAGAGAAUGCCGCUCAGGUUGUGUUUUUGCAGCAAGAGCCUGUCCUGAAUGUGUUCAACAGCCAACUAUGUUCUCCCACUGAGGAGAACCUGUGAGACUCAAGCUGCUCCAGGGAGGGUGUGUGGAGGAGUGCCCACGCCGACAAAUUUCCCUGGAGCCAGGCCUCAUGGACCUCAGGACACAGAGAUGGAUGCAGCUUGGCAGGAACUGAUGGCCAUCUCAGAGCUGCAGGAGUUUGAAGUCCCUGCUGAAGGACCCUAUGAAACAACACAGUACCCAACCAUGGACACCAUGGACCCUAUGGCAGGGUACGGGAUGGCCCCAUCUCACUCCGAGCGUCCUCCCGCCUGUGAGCUCAGCUCUGCUGACACUUACAAUGGAUGUUACUCCGAAGACGUGCCCACGUGUCAUCAUCAAGGCAGCAACACAGGGGCAGUGUAUGGACACUCUGAAUAUCAGCUCAAUCAAAGAAUGCACCCUGUCUCCUCUCAAGUAUUUCCCUCACUCAUGGCUCUUAGGGAACAGAUGAACAUGUCAGGUGAUCGAUACGGACAGAGGAGAGCAAACAAUUGUUUGUCUCAGGGUCCGAGUCGGCACAUGCAGUGGACUACACACGGACAAAGUUCACACAUUCUUCCAACUGAUGAUCUGGAGUCAGACUCGGGUCUGUCUCUGGGUUCCAGUCCACCUUUGGCCUCCCCUGAUAAUCCUGUCAGUGCUGUUCCAGGUUACCGGAGUGUAGACAUAGGCAUUACAUACAGUGAUGGUGCACCUGAGAAUGCCAGAAGAGCACAACUCCAUUGCUCAGUCAACUACCAGGGACAGUCAUAUUUACACUCAGGUGCACAUCAGUCCAAUUUCUCACCCCAGAACAUUUUAUCUCAUACACAACCUGAUACAGCAACCCUGCGACAAAUAAAGCAUCAGAGCCAGGCUGCUGUUCUGAAUGACAUGUACUCUGAAUCUGGAGUAUCCAGCAGAGGGAGCUCACAACUGAACAUAUACACAAAGCCACAAGGAAGCAGCUCCACGACUGCACCGCUGAGCAGGGACGAGCGGCGGGCAUUGGCUCUGAAGAUUCCUUUCCCCAUGGAGAAGAUCAUCAAUCUCCCUGUAGACGACUUCAAUGAGCUCCUGACACAUUUCACCUUGACAGACACCCAAAUGGCACUGGUCAGGGACAUCAGGAGGCGGGGGAAGAACAAGGUGGCGGCUCAGAAUUGCAGGAAGAGGAAGCUUGAAAGUAUAAUUCACCUUGAACAAGAGCUGAAUGAGCUGCAGGCCCAGCGAGAGCACCUGGCGCAGGAGAGACUGGAGUUCCAGCACAGCCUGACCUUCAUUAAAUGCCGCCUCACAGACCUCUAUGCUGAAGUUUUCACUCACUUGCGAGACGAAGACGGACAACCAUACUCGAUAGAUGAAUACUCCCUGCAACAGACACCUGAUGGAAAAAUUUACCUGGUACCUCACACAACUAAGGGAGGACAGCGCUGAAGAACCGGUUCUUGAGUUUCAUUAUUUAUACCCGAGUGUGCCAAUUAAAACCACUUCAUCUGACUGGAAGAUGAAUUCAUUCAGUUACAGUUCUGUAUAAACCUUUAAAUGUAUAACUUGCCAUAGAUAC